CUCCACUGGGCCGCGAGGAAGUCGCAAGAUGGCUGAUGUCGCUUGGAAGUAAUGUUCCCCUCUGCAACAUGAAGCCGUGAGUGAAGAAGAAAGCGAGGGAGGCACCAUCGGGCUUUUAUUUUUAUUUUCUUUUAGUUACUUUUCUUUUAUUUCGUCAAACAUCCAUCUCAUUCCGCGUCGUGUCCGCCCCGGACUUGUCUUCGGGAGUUGACGCGUCAAAUCACGCCGGGGACCCUGCCAGCAGCUAACAGCUAGCCACACAGUUAGCAAAUGUUAGUACAGCUAGCCAGUCAGCCAGGCACACAGCUUGUUUAAUUGAUAUUCUGACACCUGCGACCCAACAAGCUACCGGUUCAAAUGUGCUGAAAUCCGCCGGAGGUAGUGCAGAAUAAGUGUCAGAUAUUUUAGCUGUCAGAUAAGAAAAAUAACGAUUUUGCAAGCUGCUCGGUGUAACAUCAUGUCCGCGAACUGGCCAUCCAGCCUGUGGGUUGCUAACUAAUGCGCAGUAUUGCAUCUGUUUCAUGUGCACAAACCUGCAGGACAAUUAUUUUAUCGGCAUUUUUCAACAAUAUCCACCACCUUGCUGCAUUUCCGUUAUUAGCUGCCAACUACAUGUUCGAUGCUGGUUGUGUUAAAGCCAAAUUAUGGGAGCAGGAAAUGUGUUGAACUUUUUCUGGCUGUAGGUAGCUACACUGGCCUUGCUGGCAUCUCACCAAAAAUCCACAGGGAUGGACACUAAACUGAGCACCCACGACCAAAACUGAGAAAUUGGCAUCUCGAUAUCUCGGAAUAAGUAACGAUAGUUGACACACGUGUACAGCAGUGCAUGGUGACUCAUCUCACUAGUCUGGGCGACACACAAGUUGUUUUGCAGGGUUAACUAAACUACAGUUAGUCACUACACCGGAGACCAGUUAGCUUGCCUAAAGUGCACAGCUAGCUUCGGUCUCGCCCCACAUCACAUUACAAACACGGCGUACAGAACGUAUUCAGAGCCCGCUCCCGGCCAGACACACAGGCUCAACAACACCGUCAUGGGAGUGCAGGGUUUUCAAGAGUAUUUAGAGAAGCGGUGUCCCGGGGCCGCAGUCCCGGUGGACCUCCUGAAGCUUGCCCGUACCGCGGCCCGCCAGCCCCCUCACCACCAUCACCCACACCACCACCCACAUCACCCCGGGCCCAUGCCUCCCCCGCCCCCGCCUGCCAGGAUCCUAAUCGACGCUGACUCCGGCCUGCAGCGCCUCUACGGCGGCUACCAGACGGACUGGGUGUGCGGGGGCGAGUGGAACGCCAUGCUGGGCUACCUGGCCGCCCUGUCACAGGCCUGCCUGUACCAGGGUGGCCUGGAGCUGGUCGUGGUUUUCAACGGCACACUGGGGAAGGAGCGCUGGCCCGAGUGGGCGCGGCGAGCUCAGGGCCAGCGACAGACGGCGCAGCUGAUAGUCAACCACGUCGGCAGCAAGGCCACCCCGCCUCCCCGGGCAUGGUUCCUGCCCCCGGCCUGCCUCAGCCACUGCGUCCGACUCGCCAUGUUCCGCUUCCGAGUGCGGGUUGUACAGACUUUGGAGGACCACCACCAGGAAGUGCUGUCUCUCUACAGGGACUUUGGAUUUGCCGGCCUGAUUGCUCAGGAUUCUGAGUUCGCCCUCUGCAACGUACCCGCCUACUUCUCAUCGCAUGCGCUCAAACUGAGCUGGAAUGGCAAGAACCUGACCACACACCAGUACCUGCUGUCUGAGGCUGCCAGGCAGCUCGGGCUGAAGACACAGCACCUGCCCUGCUUCGCUGCUCUGCUGGGAAAUCAUAUUCUGCCUGAUGAGGACCUGGCUGCCUUCCACUGGAGUCUGCUGGGACCAGAACACCCACUAGCUUCUCUCAAGGUGCGAGCCCACCAGUUGGUGCUGCCGCCCUGUGAGGUGGUGAUCAAGGCCGUCUCGGAGUACGUCUCCUCCAUCAAAGACCUGGGAAACCUCGACGCCAUCGCCAGAGAUGUCUUCAAACAGUCACAGUCUCGUAUGGAGGACAAGGUGGAGCGAUUCAAGAAAGCUGUGGAGUAUUUCUCAGCUGCCUCCAAACCUCGAUCGCCCAACAUGGGGCCCUCCUCUUUCAUCUUACCUGGGUUUGGUUUUGGGGGACCACCUGGCCACAUGGGACCUAUGCAGCCUGGAAAGAAUCAGUUCCCUCCUCCCCAGGUUCCGGGGUUAAAGCCACCCUAUCAAAAUGCUCCAUAUGGACCUGGCUCCACCCCUCUGUUCCAGAACCCACCGCCACCGUCCCAAGACUGCAACGAUGCGUUGACGGGCAAGAUGGGCUUCUCUGAUUGGUCGGCUCCAUAUGAUUCCACUCAGGGGGGAAACCGAUUACCCAAUCAUCACACCGCCACUCAGUCUGGUCCCUCUCCGUCUCCCUCAUCGUCAUCAGAUGGAGAUGAACCCAACGACAGCAACGCAAACCAUUUGACGGACAAGCCCUCUCGGUGGGAGGAUCCUGCUGGAAGGGGGGGCUCGGCCUCUGGAGACGGUUCCCAGGGCAACGGGAGCGGGUCAAACAUUCCGUCACUGUUGUCUAUGGCGACGCGGAGUCACAUGGACAUAACCACACCCCCUCUGCCUCAGGUUAGCGCUGAGGUUCUUCGUGUAGCUGAGCACAGACACCGAAGAGGACUGAUGUACCCCCAGAUUUACCACAUAUUGACCAAGGGAGAGAUGAAGAUGCCAGUGUGUAUAGAGGAUGAGUGUAACUCUGAGCUGCCUCCUGCCUCUCUGCUGUUCCGUGCUGCCAGACAGUAUGCCUACGGCGUCCUCUUCAGUCUGGCUGAAACUCACCGCCGCCUGGAGAGGCUCGCUCUUCGCAAGAGGGCUCCCCUGGAAGUUCCUCCAGUGAUUGUCAAAGAGUGGAGCAGCGGUAAAGCCAAGUCGGCCCUGACUCCGGAGCUGGUCCCGGCCCUGUGUUUCAGGGAGUGGACCUGCCCCAACCUGCGGCGGCUGUGGUUGGGUCGCGCCAGUGAGGACCGCUCCAGGAGAACCAGGGCCUUCCUGGCCUGCCUACGCUCUGACUGCCCAGCCCUCCUCAACCCAGCACAGGUCCCACAGCAUCUGCUGCUCAUGUGCUGUGUGCUCAGGUAUAUGAUGCAGUGGCCUGGAGGAAGGAUUCUCCAGAGACAUGAGCUAGAUGCCUUCCUGGCUCAGGCUGUUUCCAGCCAGCUCUACGAACCCGACCAGCUGCAGGAGCUCAAGGUGGAGAAGGUGGAUGCCCGCGGCGUACAGCUGGCUUCUCUCUUCAUGGCUGGUGUCGACACAGCGCUGUUCAUCAACGAUGUGUGCGGCCAGCCGUUGCCAUGGGAACACUGCUGUCCCUGGGGCUUCUUUGACGGCAAACUGUUUCAGAGCAAACUGGCUCGGGCCGCUCGCGACCGGGCCGCCCUGCUGGACAUGUGCGAGGGCCAGGAGGAGCUGGUGUCCAAGGUGGAGAAGAUGCGUCAGGCAAUCCUCGAGGGCAUCAACCUGUCCCGCCCUCCUCCUCCUCCCCCUCCUCUUCCACCUCCUGCCUUUCUCCCCCCAGCCAUGGUGCCCCCUUUUUACCCCAUGCCUCCUAUUUACCCACCUCGUCCCAUGGGCGGGAUGCCUCCUCAUCAUCAUCACCCACAUCAUCCACAUCACCCUGCCCAGCACAGACCCAGAGCCUUCCCAGGCCUUCAGUCCAUCCCCCCUCAGGGAGGGAAACUGGAGAUAGCUGGUAUGGUCGUUGGCCAGUGGGCUGGCAACAAACCAGUCCGUGGGAGAGGGGGGUUCAACAUGCAGGUGGUGUCAGUGGGAGCAGGGAGAGGGAGGGGUAAAGAGAUUCCAGCUAAAGUAAGGGGGGUGAAAAAGACACCUACCAACAGAUCACAGACGUCGCCACCCCCGCCAUCCAGCAGUCCCCCAAAGCCCUCAGAGGAGGCGGCCCCCACGCCAGAGGUUACAACUCAGCAGCUGAAUGGCAGCUCAGCAGCCUCCGCCAUCGGCCAGCCCUUGGAGCUGGCCCCCCUGGCCCAGCCAAUCCCGUGUGCCUUAGCCAGCAGAGACAACCAAUCAGAGGGGGUGGAAGUGGAGGCCCCCUGUUGCCUUGACGACUGCCCGUCAGACGGAGCGCUACAGAAGGAGGAGUGAUGGCAUCCUUCCCGGGAUGCGCUGCUCUGAGAGAGUUCUCUGUGUUUGACUGCCUUUCCCUGUUUUUGUAGCCCCGCCUGCUAGCUGUGCACAUUAUCACAUGGAGCAGGAAGUGAGGCGAGGCUCCUCCUCGCCGUCCCUGCUGCUCCAUGUGAUAGGCUAAAGCAGUUAGCUGUUACUUCCUUUUUAGUUUUCUCAUGUGGUUUCACAUUGUUUUAUGAAGAGAGGUUUUCUCCAUGAGUCUGUAAGCGCCCCACCCCUCAAAAAUCCUAAAUGCCUCCCUUUCGCACUCAGAGUAAAAUAAGCUUGAAGCCCCCCCACCCCCAUUACGACCCGCCACUUAAACGACCCACCCUUAAGUAUGGGUAUCUGUACAGUUAAAAUGUCUUAUUUUGUGUUUUUAAAUGGUCCCAUUGUUUUAAUCUCUGCACACAGAUGUUAAGCGUGCGGUUACGGUGACAGAUUGGAUGUGGUUUCCAUGGUUACAGCAUCAAGGCCUGGUCGCCAUGGUUGGUAGUUGUGUGCUGAUGCGGUUUGUUGCCAUAGCCAUCUCGUGUGAGGUUUGUCUUACAUGAAUCCAGAGAGAUGUCCAGAGUUUGACUCCGGAUGUGUGAGUAAGAUUUCAACAAAGUGAUGUACCAUUCUUCUGUGCAGUGACCCUCGCCCCCACCACCCCCACCCCCUCGCCCCGCACUCCAGCAGCACUGCUAAACACACGAUGUUAGUAUACGUACUAGCAACGAACCCCUUUAUUGAUUGAUUGGUUAUCUAUCACAGGAGCACUUCUGCACCACCAUGGUAUUAGCGUGCUAUCUUACUUUGACCCAUGUAGCAAAGCCUCGUGCUUAGCUGUGCUGAGACCCCAUGAAUUUAUGCACCUUAAGCCCUAAAGUAUGCAAAAUAUUACCCCGCUCCUCCAAAAAAUAAAAAAGUGCAUUAUUAUAUGAUCCUCCCAUCCCCUUUGUCCCUUUCUCCCAAAGCUUUGAUUGUAUAAUCCCAACAAAAAGCACUUCAUGUUGGUAUUUAAAUAGGAUAAAUUUGAACAAGCCCCUUGACAGGUGAAUUGACAGUCUGAGAGGGGUGUCCCCUGCGCCUAAGUAAAUCAUUAUGACAUGUAGAACUACAUUUAAAGGUAGAGAUCUAUUUGCGAGACGUCAGAAUGUGAACAGAGUGGUUUCAGACAAAGAAGCACUUUGUUUUAAAAAAUGUUAAACCACACUGGACAGUCUUCUACCAGGUGAUAAAGAAAUGAAAAAAAAAAACUCUGAGGCACCUUCUGGAGUUUAAGGCCAAAAAGAAAACAAUAAUGCUGCCCAGCAAAAGAUGUAAAUGAAUGGUGAGGAUUUAGGUAACUGCUGCCAGGCAGAGUUCCCUUCAGACUGGCCUCACGCGUUCAAUCAUGAACUUUGCAAUGAAGCUGAAAGGACUCCUCGGACUCUUUUCAGAUUUCUAAAAAGUUAUUUCCAAAGUGUAUUUUUAAAGAAAAAAAACGGCUCGCCGACUGAGGCAGCCAGCGAUAUUAAAGGGGUGUGGCAACAAAGCCUCAAAGAUCCCCCCCACCCUCUGGUGGUGAUUGAGUAACUGUUGUCAUGACGAUAGCCCAACACCAUGAGCUGCUGCCCCGCGCAGCUCUGGUGUGUCACUUUAGACCAGCAGGAAGCACUUCCCUGCCCUGAAGGGCCUCGGCCGAACACGGCGGAGGCUUUAUGGGUCGGAUCACAUGACAGGAGAGAGGGAGGCCUCAUGGCGGACCCGAGUGUGCCGCUCACAAUCUGAGACUUCUAAGAUAAUGUUUUAUUAGAGCACUUAUGUUUGUAGAGAAUGAGAUGUGUCCCCCAUAGUAGGUUUCAUCUGACUACGGAAAUACAACUUACCAAUAGCUGGUAGCACAACUGCAAAUGUAAAAGCAGUAGACCGACAGAUACUGCCUGAGAGAUGCUGGCCAUGAACAUUGUUAUCUCUAUAAACUUACUAAGAGAGGAUGAGCUCGCUAUGUUAAAAAGAAAAAGGCAAGUCAACAAAGAAGCACCUUAUUUUCUUACUAUGUUGAUGACUUGUCCUCUAUCGUGUGCCACAGAAUUGACAUGGAACAAAGCUCUUACGAAAUGCCGUUUUGAAGGAAAAAACCCUGACUAUAUAUGUAAGUGUUAAUGUAGUCGCGUCAGACAUCCCCUCAGUUAUGAACUCAACCAUGACAGUAGACCCAGCCGUGAGUGUAGGCCUACGCUCAUCAUCACAGGGGCUGGGCCAUGCCGCCGUCUCUUACACCAACACCAAAUCAGAGGUUCGGACUUGUUAUUGGUAGGGAACAAGCACACAAGUGCUGUCGGUGUUUAUAGGUUAAGAGUAGGUACCAGCGUCGGGCUUAACACAGGACUGUAAUACACAGACACCAAGACUAGGCUAGAGAAUAUAGCUCCACUGGCCGAAAUACUAAGUCUAGAAUUACUAGGAGUCAUAUACUUAACUGCUUUCAACUUUUGACAUUAGUACAAAUAUGUGUAUCGCAACAGUACAUUGUUAGAAGAUGGCUUUUCUGCGGCGAGCCAGAGUGUGAUCUGGUAUACGAUGCCCUCUCUCGAUUCGCUCGCCAGAUAACAGUUACACACACAUGCAUACAUACGCAUACAAACAGGACACACACACACACACACACACACACACGCACACACAUGACAAACAGGUAUUCAGUUGCAUUUGUUACCAGCAGCAUUCUCUCUGCUUUUGUGCUGAAGUGAUUUUGUGCAGUUUCAGUUCCCAGUGGAGUGGUCGUCAGUUCAUCAGAGAUCAUUUUGGUAACACAUUCUACUGACUCUGGAAAAGAAUAAAAUAAAAUCCCACAUUUUCAACAAGUUUGCAUGGACGGAUUAAGAAUACAUGUUAGAGGUGUCACAGAAACAACCAUCUACACACACACACACACACACACACACACACACACACACAGAUACAUAGAUGUUAAACCCUGAGUUACACAGUAGCUAGUAUGGAAAAAAAAGUCAACACAAUACAUGAUGUAGUGUCCCUCUCUCGUCCUUGUCUGUUUUAGUUCGAUAGAUAUUUGAUCAGUGAUUUUUAUGCUUGUUAUCCUAACCCUGCCCCCCCACCCUGCUAUGACACUUUCUCUCGCCCUUACUCCUUCCCCCAAAUCACUACUUCUUCUCUCUGCCCUUCAGUCUUCCCCAUAGAGUACAUACAUCCACUCUCACACACUCACACACACACACACACACACCACUCCCACUGAUUCCCAUUAAAAGCAGUCACACACAUAGUACACACGUACAUAUUUCACGCAGAGUUUAAACCCUCCCGUCACUUCCUGUGUUUCAGUUCUCUCUUUCACUCCUCUCACCUCCCUCUCUGCCUCUCCUGUUAGCCCCUUAGGACCGUUUCUAUUGGCCGUUUUUUUUUCUCUUUUUCUCUUUGGGCUGCCCCGCCCCUUAAUCAACCCAACUAACAGUAAAGGUUAUAUUAACGUUGAUAAUCAGUUUCUGUAUGUAUCUAGCCAGAGUCUGGAAAAAAAAAUCAGAAAAAAAAAAACGGUUUUAUUCAAUUGUGCAAAUGUGUUUUUUCUUACUAUUUUUAAUGUUAUUACAUCUUCUAAUCUAAUCCUUCUACCAUUGCUUCAGUUAGUACUGAAAUACGCUUAGCCAACCUAGAGAUUUGAACUGUAAUGAUUGCGAUUUUCCUUACCUGUAUUUUAUAUGGCAUCUUUAGACCACCGUUUAUUAUGUACGUAAGUAAAUAUUGCCCGUUUUUCGAAAAUUGUCGUCUGCACUAUGUUACGAUUCUCAUAAUAUCCCUGAUAACGAUUUCGUGGUCGACUCAUUAUCAAUCUAAGCUGAACUCUGCGCCCUUGCACAAAGCAGCGAAACAUCUCUUGUAAACACCUGAGAACCAAAGUACACCUAGCAUCCCCCUCUAAUCCCUAUAAAGCCCCCUAUAGUCCCCCCUCCAACCCCCACCCGCCAUCGACGGUUUGCCCCCGAGUAACAAGUUUUCUGAUGAUUAUAUAUAUAAUGACAUUACAGCACGUGUGAUUUACCUGACAAGUCUGUGAGGUACCGGUGUUUUUGUUUUUGUAACACUGUGGUUGUCGUGGAGAUGCAGACAGACAGGGAAAGAAGGAAGGAACGAAGUGUGUUUGUGUGGACAGUGAGUGUCACUUCUUCAUUGACUGAAUUCAGGCUGUGUGAGCCACUGCACGCGCUCAGAUCAACACUAAUACACAGGAACACCCGCUUUCAGUCACGCUGGGGUUUUGGCGCCCUCUUUUGCAUUUUUUUUUUUUUUUUUUUUUUUAAACAUGUAAUUGUUGUGCUCUCUCAAACUUGCCUUUAACUUCCCAGACUCAGACUGAAAUAGCAACUUACUGCUGUACUGAGUCUCUUUAUGUACGUGGGCACGGAGGCUGCUGAAAGUGGCUGAAUUCUCCUCCAAACACAAACCUGAGAUUACAUGUCACUGUGCAAGCAAGAAAUACUUCAGCUUUAUGGGGAAGAAAUUUGUAAAGGAUUAGAAAUUAAUGGAUUAAUGUCCAACUGAAGCUUUUUUUAAGGAAACAAGCUAAGCUCUAGCUCAGUGGUUUCUUAACUUUUUUCAUGUGAAGGACCCUCAGAUCGUCAUAGACCCUCAUGUGAUAAGAUUUUGAUUAUUAGCCAUGACUCAGAAGAGUCUCUCAUGACUCUGUGUCAUAUCGGGCUCAGUUUUAACCGCUGGUUGAGAACCACUGACCAGGCUCCAGGUUUUCAGUUGGCUGCUUUUGUUUAGAACUGCAACGAUUAGUUGAUUAAUCAGAGAUUACAACAGAUCAGCAACAAAUCUGAUAACCAAUCACUAAUUCGAGUCAUUUUUCAAGUAAAAAUCCCAAACGUAUGAAAUAUGACAAUUUGAUAUUAUCAUUGGGUUGCUGGUUGAAUGAAACAAUCAUUUUUCUCUGUUUUCUGACAUUUUUCAGAUAAAACGAUUAAUUAAGAAGUCUGAUUAAUUAAUAGUAACAAUGUGUUCACUUGGAAUCAGGCGUGAAAACAAGUAGACUGAGCGGCAGGACGUAAAAUAAAACACGUGACGGUAUGUUGGGAUGGUGAUGCUUAAUUGUUUACAAAGAACGGAAUAAAAUAUAUUAAAUAAGAUCAGUUUGUUUUUAUUAUUUUUAUGUUCCUUUCUUGUAAUAUCCAGCAGUCGCCCGUGUUGUUGCCUUGUGUGAAGGAUCCAUGUCCGGCAAAAUGUUAGAAUAUUCAACUUUUAAUGUCAGUGCCGUCAAUAUGGAAGCAAAUAAGAGGCAAAAAUGUCUGAAUUUUAUAAGCAACUGGAAACUUACUGUUGAAAUUUAAACAUCACUAAAUUAAUAGGACUGAAAUUUUUACUUUGAAAACGGUGUAUUUUAAUUUAUUAGUUCUGAAUUUACCAAUUUAUAUAAAAAAAAUUUAUUGGUCAUUUCAAAAACUAAAUUUGAUUUUUCUUUUUCUUUUUUUUUUUUCUUUCCAAAUCGAAAAAUUCGAGUUUCAUAAAUUUAAAAAAUAGAUUCAGGUUGCUCAAAUUUGAUUGGUCAAACUCAGAUGAAAUAAAAUUCAAAGAGAAGAUCAGUCAAAUCUGAUUGGUCGAAACAUUCAGGCCUGUCCUGUCUGGUGUUGCUGUUGAAAAAACAAAAUCAGAGAUUUUAGAUCUGAAUUUGGAAGAUUUUAGCAAACUGAAAGUUUUACUAUAAUUUUUUUAAUUCCUCAACUUAAAUUUUCUGAAUUUGUGACCAUUUAGAAGAAAUCAUUUCAGCUUUUGAAACUGCAAAUGAAGAAAUUUCAUAUUUGAAUUUCUAAGAGGUUAAUUCAGAUCAAAUAGAUUUAAGAUACAUGGUUUUCAAAGUUAAAUAUUCCAAAGCUAUGAAUUCAGUGGAGUUUAAAUUUCUAUAUUCAAUAUUCAGUGGUUGUUGAAAUUCAAAUAGCCCACUUACGUCUCUUAUUUGCCUCCAUACAUCUACCGUUACCAUUGCCGGUAUUCUCUGCCGGCUUCACGUAAUUUUACUGUCCUGCUCUCGUCCACUUAAAUGACAUCUGGUUUGCCGUAUGUCGUCUCUGAUUCCAUUUGAAAGCAGUGUGAUUGUUAUCUGCAGCCUUGAUUUCUUGAAGUUGUGUGACAGUGAACUGUAAUUCUUAAAUAUUGAAACAAGUGAUUCGAAGGCGUCACUUUUUUAUAGUCCAAACUUUGAGUAGUUUAACUGAGAAAAUAAUUAUUGCAGCUGUAAAAGAUUCCGUGGCCUCAUCAGCAAAUUACAAUCCAUGACCUUGAGCUUUCUUUAAUAAUCCAUAAAAAAUAAUUUUACAAUGUAUCUCCAGUUUCUAAACCUCAGCUGAAGUGUUUGUGAGGAAAAUUCACCUCCUCUGUGACUGAUGAUGAAAAGAUGAGUUGUCCAGCCGAUAAAAGCGUCCUGCCUCACUGCCUGCGCAAAUGGGAGCGCCUCUGAAGAGCUCGACAAUGUUAAAGAGAACCAAAAGUCCCAGAAUAGAAAUGUACUAUGUUGUAUUGUAGAAGUCAAACAGUAUUAUUGUCUGUCAUACAGAAUGUGGAAAGGAGUCAUCAGUCUUGUCGUACCUGUUAUGAUCUAUUUGCAGGAUUCUCGCAGCAUUUUGUCCAGUUUGAAUAAAGGUCCCUAUUCUGUCUGUCUCUCUCUACACUGCCACUCCCCCCCUCAACAGCCCCCCAAGCUCCAGUAUAAUCCCCCCCCUCCCCCCUGGUAAGUCCUGGUAAGGGGCUCAAGUUGAUCAUUAUGGGCUAUUUCUUGUCACGUUGGUCAAUCGUGCCCGCAGCCACAAGUGUACCGAUGCAUGUACUUCAGUACCCAGGGCCACCCGAAACUACCUGUGCAGCGAAAAAGGGUGAAAACUUACCCAUAAUAUUAUUGUUAUAGAAAUAUUAUCAUCAUUAUUGCUGUUAUAAUUAUGGUUGGUAUAAUUUGUCAUCAUUGUUAGCAUUAUGGAAGCACCGGACUGUUGUGGAAAGAUGAGAAAAAAAGAAAGCUUUUUUUUUUUUUUUUUUUUUUGUUAAAUUUGUCUGGCUGUUGGUGGUCUGAUCUCACAGAGGGAGGGGAGGAAUGGUUCAGAAAGAGACAAAGAUGGCAGUCAUGUUUGUACUGGUUGGGAAAUGACUUACAGUGCUGAAAUAAAAUUUAUUCUUUUAGUAAAAAAAGUA